GCAUUUCCACGUGUCCAGGACCACACGUGCACCACAGUGCAAAGCUCAGUGCCACAAAGAACUCUGCUGUGGGUGGUCGGAACAAAAAUUGACUCCUCCUAAGGUAACAACUCGUACUUGGUCGGUUAUGUUCGGACACAAUAACCACCCCUACUCUACCCUCUCGAGCUGAGUAAAUAGUCAGAUACAGGUGAUAUUGUUUAUUUUUUGCGUUCGUGUGUGCGGGUGGACACUAUGAAGGUGACAGUGAUAUUCGUGAUGAAUCUCUUUGUGCUCACCGCUCUCGGGGAUGUUACCAACGCCAGAAGCAAGAACCGCGGCAAGGGCUCCAUGUGGUGGGGCAUUGCAAAAGCCGGCGAGCCGAACAAUCUAUCGCCAAUAUCACCCGGAGGUGUCUACAUGGACCUUUCGUCGGCCCAUGGCACCCUGCGACGGAAGCAGCGUCGCCUGGCUCGGGAAAAUCCCGGCUUGUUGGUGGCUCUACAUAAAGGUGCCAAUAAUGCGAUUCACGAGUGCCAGCAUCAGUUUCGCAAUCAGCGCUGGAACUGUUCGACGAGAGCCUUCCCUCGAGGAAAGAACUUGUUCGGAAAAAUAGUCGAUAAAGGAUGCAGGGAAACUGCCUUCAUUUAUGCGAUAACGAGUGCUGCGGUGACCCACGCGAUCGCCAGAGCUUGCAGCGAAGGUUCGAUAGAUACGUGCAACUGCGAAACGCACUACAAAGGAAGGCCGCAUGUUUCUGGGAACGGCGGCGGGGCCGCCGUUGCCGGCGUCAGAGAUUUCGAAUGGGGCGGCUGUUCGGAUAAUAUUGGGUUCGGAUUCACGGUCAGUCGGGAGUUUGUCGACGCCGGCGAAAGGGGCAAAACCAUUCGAGAAAAGAUGAAUUUGCACAACAACGAGGCCGGAAGAUGGCACGUAAAGGAUCAGAUGCGUCAAGAAUGUAAAUGCCACGGAAUGUCCGGUUCUUGCACUAUUAAGACUUGUUGGAUGCGACUUCCUCCGUUUCGAGUGAUCGGCGACCUCCUCAAAGACCGCUUCGACGGCGCUUCUCAUGUCGCCGCCUCCGGCCACCACCGAAACAACAACAACGCGCACCAGAACCGUCCACCGAAGAACCCCAAGCUGAACGCGAUCUCCAGUAACAGCAUCCACAGUAAGAGGGAGAAUCGCCGCAAGCACAAGUACGGCUUCCAGUUGAAACCGUUCAACCCCGAGCACAAACCCCCCGGAACCAAGGAUCUGGUCUACUACGAGAUGUCGCCCGGCUUCUGCGAGAAGAACCCGAAGCUGGGGAUUCAAGGGACGCAUGGGCGGCUGUGCAACGACACCUCGAUGGGUGUCGAUGGGUGCGAUAUCAUGUGCUGCGGACGGGGGUAUCGUACCCAGGAAGUCGUCGUAUUCGAGAGAUGCAACUGUACGUUUCAUUGGUGCUGUGAAGUGAAGUGCGAUGUGUGUCGAACGAAAAGAACCAUACAUACUUGCGUUUAAAGCAUGCUCGUACUUAGAUAUUUGCCAAUUUUACGCUUUAUUCACUUGGAACUAAAGUUUUAUUUAUUUUUACGUAUUCGUAUUCUCCAGUAUUACUUAAAAUUGAUAGGGAUUUGAAAUUGAUUUGAUGUGAAUAAAGCUAGGGGAGCCCGGUGGGAGUUAACACGGCGACAGUAUUAACUCAUUACAGGCCGAACGCUUAUUAUCAGUAUUAGAAAUUAUUAUUGACAUUAUCAAUGUAAAAGACUGAUUUGAAAUUUGUUUUGAGUCAUAUUUGUACAUAUUGCGCUAAGUUAUAUUCUACGCUACAAGCAUUAGUUUUACGUGGCGGGCUGGCCACGCCAUUUUUUAUUUUUUCUGUAUUAGGUAGGUACGUACAUAUUUAUUUAUGGAAUGUAAAUACAAAAAAUCAGCAUGUAGUGUAUCUCAAAUUGUGUGAAUAUGUGACCACUUUAGGACUUAUACAGAUCGUUCUAUAAUCGCAUUAAUUUAUUGACCAUUAACUGUUGUACAUUAGCAUUUGUAAAUAUUCAUGUAGCUUAUUUAUGUAGAUAAUAAUUAGCGAGUAUUUUUCUAAUUACUUUAUUUAUAAUUAAACGUACUUGUAAAUCUCUCGAUUGCUAUAAAAUCAUUAAUA